CGAGUUUCUUGUUUUUCGGUGUAAAACAUUGUCAAGGUUUAAUUCGUUGUUUGAGGGUUUAUGAAGGUUUUCUAUUGUUUUUUACAGCUUGCCAAAGUAUUUAAAGUUAAUACAACUAUUUUAUCAUUAAAAUUUAAAAUACGCAGUAAGUAGUAAAGGUUCCUUAAGGAACCAAUUGCACAAUGGAGCAAAUAAUGGUUAAAAAAGAACCUGCAGAACUAGUCGACAAUUCCAAAGGUGAUAAUUCGAUGAAUUACGCUGAGCAAGAAAUGUCUUCUGAGCAAGCAAUAAAAAUAGAACAAAUGUAUAUAAAACAAGAAAUCAAAGAAGAACUGGAUGAUGUGUUGCUUGACAAAGGGUACAACAGUUUGACAGCUGACAUGUUUAAAAAUGCAAGUGAUAGUAACCUUAUAUUCCUAAACAGCCUGCCAAGUACCUCUGCUGAUCAAGAAAUGCCUUCGACCUCUGUGACAGCAAUUAAACAAGAAAUUAAAGAAGAAUUGGAAUAUGAUGAAGCUGUGCUCUAUGGAGGGUUUAAUAAAAACAACAAUAGGGACAAUUGUAAUCAUGGAGAUUUACUUUGCAAUAUUAAGAAAGAAGAAGUAGUAGAAGAUACAAAUUCUUCACUCAAUGAAGAAAUAGAUGAGGUUGAAGAGAUGAUGAUUGAGAAGAAAAUCGAGGUGGAAUAUCAUCCAGUAAAAUAUGAUGAUGAGAGUGGCAAGGAAAAGUUAUUUGAAUGUGGCUUGUGUCCUAAGAAAUUUGUAACAAAAAAGGGUUUGUUCAACCAUAAAAAUCUUCAUAGAAAAGAUGGACUAAAAAAAUUGAAAUGUAGCAAAUGUGGUUAUGCAACUUUAAGAAAAGAAAACUUUAAAGCGCAUUUGAGAAUUCAUGACAAGAACAAAUAUUUAAAAUGCCAUUUUUGUGAGUAUAUGGCAGCCCAAUUGCAGGCUUUAAAUGCUCACAUGUUAAGUAAGCAUAGAUUGGAAAACAAGGGAGAGAAUGAAAUAAAAAUAACAAGUAAAAUACACCAGUGCCCCAAAUGUUUGUAUUCAAGUGUUAGAAAAGCAAAUUAUGAUAAUCACAUUAAGGUAUGUCUGAAAUUGGAAAAUGUAAUAUUGUCGAUUAAAGAAGAUACAGUCAAAUGGUAUAAAUGUGAGAUUUGUCACUACAAAACUAUAAAAAAAUCUAAUUUAAUUAAGCAUAGAAAAACUCAUAAUAAAAUAAAAGAGUUAAAAUGUUUAUUUUGUCUUCAUCAAUGCAAUGUGAAAAUAAAUUUAGACAACCAUAUUUUAACUAAUCAUUCAGAAUUAUUGAACGAAUCAAAUCAAAAUUUAAUCACCUCCAAAAUGCACUGUUGCAAACAUUGUAAUUAUAAAACUACAUAUGCAAAUGACUUGAACAAACAUUCAAAACGACACCAUUGAUUAUGUUUUUA